AUGACGCCAGAACUUUUGGAUAACCCUAAUACAACAAAGAAUUCCGAUAUUAAUACACCGUCUAACGACAUAUGGAAUGUUGCACCAACAAAUUUUUCUACUACAGAUAGUGCUUCAAAUACGAAACAACAAUGUAGAUAUGGUUCCAAUUGUCGUCAACUGUCUGACUCGACACAUUGUGAUCGUUUUCAACAUCCUUCACAAACAUCAUCACUUAAUACAGUGGCUCCUCCUGAUGAUCAACUAUCAAAUAUGAACGCUGAUACUUCGAGUUCAUCGCGUAGUCAUGCAAGUAAUCGUAAUGAUGAUACGCAAAAAGCUUCUAGUAUCGGAGAUACAAUGAAUUCAGGAAGAUCCAAUCAAUCAGAUCAAACAACAAAAAAAACUUUAAGAUCUUGGCGAAAAGAGGAGGGAAUUUGA